GACCCGAACGACCCUGGUGGUCCACCUGGGGUCCUGAAACUGUGCCUCUAAACUGGGCCACGUCUCAGUUUAUCUCAUCUGGAUGCUUUAAUUCGUUUAUUCAUUCAUGGAUCAAAAUAAGUAAGCUUAAGCGCUUACUAGGUGCCAAGCGCUGUUCUGAGAAGGAAAAGCAAACCAACCCCCCAGAGCCCCCCUUUAAAUCCAGGAGGGCCUUCCAACCUAACGAACGUUUGGUUGCGAGCCGGUUUUCUGUCGACUAUUCCCUUCGAAUUCGCCAUCUCCGGGGAUCAGCAAUCUAGGCGAGCGGGAACGGUGGAUCUGGGGGCAUUUCACCCGUUUCCGUGGUGAGCCUUCCCCAUUUGCCAGGAAGGGGGCCUGGAACCGCAGCGGCACGUCUUGCACUUGGAAAUGCGGAAUCUUUGGUAAAUGAUCAAAAAGAUCUCGCUGUCGCAAAGGCCCCUCGGGCCCGAAAGGGGGUUGGAGCGUAGUAGGAGCCAGCUCCAGAGGACGUCCAAACCCGGCAGGAGAGGGGCGGGGAGACAGACCUUGGAGAUCUGCGGGCUGGCCUUCACUUUUCCUGGCCGGUCCCGGCUGAAGGUGGAGGGCCCAGGCGGAGCGGGGCGUCUCCCCCGUCGCCCGGCUCCAGCUGCUGCACUCCGACUCUUCUCUGGGCAUGGGCCAUGGCAUGGGCUCUGGCUUUAUCAUGGUCAAGUCCAUCCUGCUCCUCUGUGCCUCCGUGAGCCUGGCCAGCCACUUGGGCUUCUCCCCGAUGCCGAUCAGCUCGGCGAAAGAGGAGACCAAUGAUAACAUCACUAUCUUCACCAGGAUCCUGGACGGGCUCUUGGAUGGAUAUGACAACAGGUUGCGACCUGGGCUCGGAGAGAGAAUUACUCAGGUGAGAACUGACAUCUACGUCACCAGCUUUGGUCCGGUGUCGGACACGGAAAUGGAAUAUACCAUCGACGUGUUUUUCCGCCAAAGCUGGAAGGAUGAGAGGCUUAGGUUUAAGGGCCCUAUGCAGCGCCUUCCUCUCAACAAUCUCCUCGCCAGCAAGAUCUGGACUCCAGACACGUUCUUCCACAAUGGGAAGAAGUCCAUCGCUCACAAUAUGACCACUCCCAACAAACUUCUGCGCCUGGAGGAUGAUGGGACCCUGCUAUACACCAUGAGGUUGACCAUCUCUGCUGAAUGUCCCAUGCAACUGGAAGACUUUCCCAUGGAUGCACACGCUUGUCCUCUGAAAUUCGGAAGUUAUGCUUACCCCAAUUCAGAAGUCAUCUACAUCUGGACCAACGGCACUGCUAAAUCAGUGGUGGUAGCAGAAGAUGGCUCCCGUCUAAACCAGUAUCAUCUCAUGGGACAAACUGUGGGAACUGAAAAUAUCAGCACCAGUACAGGUGAAUACACGAUAAUGACAGCACACUUCCACCUAAAGAGAAAAAUUGGUUACUUUGUAAUUCAGACCUACCUUCCCUGCAUAAUGACCGUGAUCUUAUCACAAGUGUCAUUUUGGCUAAACAGAGAAUCUGUUCCUGCUAGAACUGUAUUUGGAGUGACGACAGUGCUGACUAUGACAACCUUGAGCAUCAGUGCUCGCAACUCUCUGCCCAAAGUAGCCUACGCCACGGCCAUGGACUGGUUCAUAGCUGUAUGCUAUGCCUUUGUAUUCUCCGCUCUCAUUGAAUUUGCGACGGUGAAUUAUUUCACAAAGAGAAGUUGGGCCUGGGAUGGUAAGAAAGCUCUGGAAGCCGCUAAAAUAAAGAAAAAAGAGCGGGAUUUAUUAGGAAACAAAUCGGUCAAUGCAUUCAGUGCUGGAAAGCUGACCCACCCCCCCAACAUCCCCAAAGACGUGACCCCCUCAGGCCCAGGGAACCCCGCUGCGGCCGCCCCAGCGAAACCUUCCGAGGAGAGGCCUCCUGAGACCAAAAAGACUUACAACAGCAUCAGCAAGAUUGACAAAAUGUCCCGAAUCGUCUUCCCGGUUCUAUUUGGAACUUUCAACUUGGUCUACUGGGCGACCUAUUUGAAUAGGGAACCGGUCAUUAAGGGAGCUAGCUCCCCGAAAUAAACUGAAGGAGUCCCAGACCCUCAGCGAGCCAUAUUUCAAGCAAAAUGACACCAAGGAGAAUCUGAGCCCUACAGGACUUUCUCUAUCUGGGCAAUACCUUUCAGGAAUUUUUGCAUGUUUAAUGAGAUGUCUCAAUAUAUUGCCUUGAUUGUUUCUAUAUGUAACCUCAAAUGUUUCCAAGAAGUUACAUUAAUAAUUAGAGCAAGAAAACUUUGUAGAAGAACAGAAAGCACUGUCUCCAGCACUAUGCUACUCAGUCUCUCACAACGAUACUUUACAAACGAAAUAAGGUAUAUUUUUUAACUACUCAAAAGAACCGAUGCUUUUAUACUUCGAUGUCGAUUCCUACUAAUUUUCCCAGCCAGAGAACAAUUUUAAGAAAAUCUUCCAUUAUCGUCACCUGAGAAAAUAUUGCAAGUAACCAAGACUGUAAAGUAACGUAACUGUCAUUUAGAGAAGACCAUGGGCUUUCACUUAUAAAAUACAUUGCCUUGGAUAAUUCUCACGGUUUGUUCUAAAAUUAGGAAAGGACUGCAUGGUAUUAUGUUAAGACAUAGGCUAGAAACUAUUUAUGCAGACAAACGUCUAAACCAGCAAUAUACAUUACGUUCAAGUAAGGAAAUACUCCCCCAAGGAUAAAACAUAAUAAUGGGUUCCAUCCUCCUGAAAGAAGCCUAAACUUUAAGAUAACAUUACGCUGACAUUGUUAUUCCAGCCCAGGCUGUAUAGAUUUCCAAAGUGUUUGCCAUCUCUUUGCUGCAGCCCAUGUCUUUUGCUUCAGGGGUGAGAAAUAUUUGUAAUAUAGUUAUUUUCCCUUUUUUCCCUUGUAAGCUCUGAUUGAUUCAUUGCUUGGGUCGCUUUUGUAAAUGAAUCUUAAAUGUUUCAAUAAAAAAAUGUUCAAACUCUUA